GAGGAGGGAGCCUGCGCGCUGAGCCACUCUGCUCUCACUGUUGACUGGCGCCGUGACGAUCGGGAGGCAGCGCGCGAGGAUGCUCCGUCGUGUGAUGCGCACCCCGCCGUCUGCAGCUCCGCGCGAUCGUCGUGGAGGAGCGUAAUUGAUGCACGGGCUUUCUGCGUCGCCCCCGCCGCCGGAGCCGGUGAACUACAAGCCGCCGUUUGGUACCGGACCCGCGUCUUUCGCCCAUCGGGCCGCUGGAUCGUCGCCGCCGAGCGGACGGGACCGCGGCGGAACCCUGAAGACUUCGGAAAAGGCAAAUUAUGCCAGCAGAUUUGGAGUGGCCUCCCCUGGUGACGUGCCAGCGCAUCGGUCAGACCGCCCUGUCCUCCUCUAGCCUCUCUGUCUACCCUGGCAGAUCCAUGCUGCUGGAUGCUCCUCACAGAGCCACGCCCGCACCAUGAGCGCCAACGGGCCCGCCCCAGACCCGGCCCCCGCGGCCCCAGAAGCCCCUCCUGCCUCGACCCCCGCCCCCGCUCCGGCCCCCGCUCCGGCCCCCGCGGCGCCGGCCGCCCCGCCGGCCGCCCCGACGUCCUCUACCAUCCCGGUAGGUGCGUUGGCACAGAAGAAGAGGCAGCAGUAUGCCAAAAGCAAGAAGCAAGGCAGCAAUGCCAACAGCCGGCCACCGAGGGCUCUGUUCUGCCUCAACCUCAACAACCCCUUACGCAGGGCCUGUAUCAGCGUGGUGGAGUGGAAGCCAUUUGAUAUCUUUAUACUGAUUGCCAUUUUUGCGAACUGCAUGGCCUUAGCUGUCUACGUCCCCUUCCCUGAAGACGAUUCCAACUCCACAAACCACGACCUGGAAAAAGUUGAGUAUGCCUUCCUCAUCAUUUUCACAAUCGAGACCUUUCUAAAGAUUAUCGCUUACGGUUUGGUGAUGCACCAGAACGCGUAUGUGAGGAACGGCUGGAACAUGCUGGAUUUCGUCAUUGUCGUCAUAGGACUCUUCAGUGUUGUCUUGGAAUUUUUGACCAAAGAAGACAAGGCAGAGGGUGAAGGAGAGGAACUCCAUCCGUCGAUGCAUGGCCAUGGAGGUAAACCAGGUGGAUUCGAUGUUAAAGCCCUUCGAGCCUUCCGUGUGCUGCGACCCCUGCGGCUGGUCUCAGGAGUACCCAGUUUACAGGUGGUGUUGAACUCCAUCAUUAAAGCCAUGGUCCCUCUCCUUCACAUUGCCCUGCUGGUCCUGUUUGUUAUUAUCAUCUAUGCCAUCAUCGGCCUGGAGCUUUUCAUCGGCAAAAUGCAUGCCACCUGCUAUUAUAUCGGCACAGAUGCGAUAACUGAAGACGAACAAGCUCCAUGUGCGAUCUCAGGGCACGGGCGACAAUGCCCCAACGGCACCGAGUGCAGGGAGGGCUGGCAAGGUCCCAACAACGGCAUCACCAACUUUGACAACUUCCUGUUCGCCAUGCUGACGGUGUUCCAGUGCAUCACCAUGGAGGGCUGGACGGACGUGCUGUACUGGAUGAACGAUGCUAUGGGCUUUGAGCUUCCAUGGGUGUACUUUGUCAGUCUUGUGAUCUUCGGCUCCUUUUUCGUUCUUAACCUGGUUUUGGGUGUGUUGAGCGGAGAGUUCUCCAAGGAGCGAGAGAAGGCCAAAGCUCGCGGGGACUUCCAGAAGCUGCGGGAGAAGCAGCAGCUGGAGGAGGACCUGAAGGGUUACCUGGACUGGAUCACCCAGGCCGAAGACAUCGACCCGGACAACGAGGACGAGGCGGACGAGGAGAGCAAGCGCAACCGGGUGACUUUGGCUGACCUCCUUGAGAAGAAGAAGGGAAGGUUUGGGUGGUUCAGCCAGUCGUCCGACACUCAUGCGAGCGUUCCGGCCAGCGAAACAGAAUCCGUCAACACCGAGAAUCAAAAUGGGGAGGACGAAAAGACGCCGUGCUGCGGACCCCUGUGUCAAAAAAUCUCAAAGUCAAAGUUCAGCCGGCGCUGGCGCCGCUGGAACAGGUUCUGCCGCAGGAAGUGCCGGUUGGCUGUUAAAUCGGUGCCUUUUUACUGGCUGGUCAUCAUCCUGGUGUUUCUCAACACCCUCACCAUAUCCUCAGAGCAUUACAACCAGCCUCUGUGGCUGACGCAAGUGCAGGAUGUGGCCAACAAGGUGCUGCUGGCCCUGUUCACCUGUGAAAUGUUGGUCAAGAUGUACAGUCUGGGGCUUCAAGCCUACUUCGUCUCCCUGUUCAACCGCUUCGACUGCUUCGUGGUGUGCGGAGGAAUCACUGAAACCAUUUUGGUGGAGCUGGAGAUCAUGUCUCCUCUCGGCAUCUCUGUGUUCCGCUGCGUCCGCCUGCUGAGGAUCUUCAAAGUCACGCGUCACUGGCAGUCACUGAGCAACCUGGUGGCGUCGCUGCUCAACUCCAUGAAGUCCAUCGCCUCCCUGCUGCUGCUUCUCUUCCUGUUCAUCAUCAUCUUCUCGCUGCUGGGCAUGCAGGUGUUCGGUGGAAAGUUCAACUUUGAUGAAACCCUAACCAAGAGGAGCACCUUUGACAACUUUCCACAAGCUCUUCUCACUGUGUUCCAGAUCCUGACUGGUGAAGACUGGAACGCGGUCAUGUAUGAUGGGAUCAUGGCGUACGGAGGCCCCUCCUCCUCCGGCAUGAUCGUGUGCUUUUACUUCAUCAUCCUCUUCAUCUGCGGUAACUAUAUCCUGCUGAACGUCUUCUUGGCUAUCGCUGUGGACAACUUGGCAGAUGCAGAGUCUCUCAACACGGACGAGGGAGACAAGAAAGGUGACAAAAAGGAUGACGAUAAAGACGACAAGGACGAGGAGGACGACAACGAGGAAACCGCAGUGGAGGAGGAGGAUCCAGAAGUGCCGUCGGGGCCUCGGCCGGCCAUCUCCGAGCUGGUGAAGAAGGAGAAGAUCAUUCCAAUCCCCGAGGGAAGUGCCUUCUUCAUCUUCAGCAACACAAACCCGGUUCGCGUGUUUUGCCACCGACUCAUCAACCAUCACAUAUUCACCAACCUCAUCCUGGUCUUCAUCAUGCUCAGCUCUGUGUCGCUUGCUGCUGAGGAUCCCAUCCGAAACUUCUCCGCCCGCAAUAUUAUACUUGGUUACUUUGACUAUGCUUUCACGGCUAUCUUUACUGUUGAGAUCGUUUUGAAGGUCCUAGGCUAUGCAGAUUAUGUCUUCACUAGUAUGUUUACAUUUGAGAUCGUGUUGAAGAUGACAACGUACGGAGCGUUUCUCCACAAAGGAGCUUUCUGUAGGAAUUACUUCAACCUCCUGGACUUGCUUGUGGUGGGAGUGUCCCUCGUGUCCUUUGGCAUUCAGUCCUCAGCCAUCUCAGUGGUGAAGAUCCUUAGGGUUCUUCGCGUUCUUCGACCUCUGAGGGCCAUCAACAGAGCCAAAGGCCUGAAGCACGUGGUGCAGUGUGUGUUCGUGGCCAUCAGAACCAUCGGCAACAUCAUGAUCGUCACCACCCUGCUCCAGUUCAUGUUUGCCUGCAUAGGGGUGCAGCUUUUCAAGGGGAAGUUUUAUCGCUGCACAGACGAAGCGAAGUCCAGCCCAGAGGAGUGCAAGGGCACCUACAUAGUGUACAAGGAUGGAGACGUGAACCAACCAACCAUCCACAAGCGCUUGUGGCACAACAGCGACUUCAACUUCGACAACGUCCUCAUGGCCAUGAUGGCUCUGUUCACCGUGUCCACGUUUGAAGGCUGGCCUGCGUUGCUGUACAAGGCCAUCGACUCGAACCGGGAAAACCUCGGCCCCAUAUACAACUACCGCGUGGAGAUCUCCAUCUUCUUCAUCAUCUACAUCAUCAUCAUCGCUUUCUUCAUGAUGAACAUCUUCGUAGGUUUUGUGAUCGUCACAUUUCAGGAACAAGGAGAGAAGGAGUACAAAAACUGUGAACUGGACAAGAACCAGCGUCAGUGCGUGGAGUACGCGCUUAAGGCGCGUCCGCUGAGGAGGUACAUCCCCAAGAACCCGUACCAGUACAAGUUCUGGUACGUGGUCAACUCCACGGGCUUUGAGUACAUCAUGUUUGUGCUCAUCAUGCUCAACACGCUCUGCCUGGCAGUUCAGCACUACGGCCAGUCAGCCACCUUUAAUUAUGUGAUGGACAUCCUCAAUAUGGUCUUCACGGCUGUUUUCACUGUGGAAAUGGUUCUCAAACUCAUUGCGUUCAAGCCCAGGCACUAUUUCGCUGAUGCUUGGAACACUUUUGAUGCCUUAAUUGUUGUCGGUAGCGUCGUCGAUAUUGCUAUUACUGAAGUUAAUCCGACGGAGACUCCUCAGGUGGAUGAGAUGGGGAACACGGAGGACAGCGCUCGCAUCUCCAUCACCUUCUUCCGCCUGUUCCGAGUCAUGCGGCUGGUCAAGCUUCUCAGCAGGGGGGAGGGCAUCCGCACCCUUCUCUGGACUUUUAUCAAAUCCUUCCAGGCUCUGCCAUAUGUUGCUCUUCUGAUAGCCAUGCUGUUCUUCAUCUACGCCGUCAUUGGCAUGCAGGUGUUUGGAAAGAUUGCCAUGGUGGACGGCACGCAAAUCAACAGGAACAACAACUUCCAGACCUUCCCUCAGGCCGUGCUGCUCCUCUUCAGGUGCGCCACCGGAGAGGCCUGGCAGGAGAUCAUGCUGGCCUGCAUGCCGGGGAAACUGUGUGACCCAGAAUCCGACUCCAACACCAACUCCAACUCCUCCAGCUCCAACCCCAUGGAUGAGAUGACAUGUGGAAGUGGAUUUGCCAUAGUUUACUUCAUCACGUUCUACAUGCUCUGCGCCUUCUUGAUCAUCAACUUGUUUGUGGCCGUCAUCAUGGACAACUUUGACUACUUGACGCGUGACUGGUCCAUUCUGGGUCCUCACCACCUGGAUGAGUUCAAGAGGAUUUGGUCGGAGUACGACCCCGAGGCCAAAGGCAGGAUUAAACAUCUGGAUGUGGUAACGCUCCUCCGUCGUAUUCAGCCUCCUCUCGGCUUUGGCAAACUGUGUCCUCACAGAGUGGCGUGCAAGAGGCUGGUGGCCAUGAACAUGCCUCUGAACAGCGAUGGCACAGUUAUGUUUAACGCCACGCUGUUUGCACUGGUGCGGACGGCUCUGAAGAUCAAAACCGAAGGUAAUCUAGAGCAGGCCAACGAAGAGCUGCGGGCCGUCAUCAAGAAAAUCUGGAAAAGAACCAGCAUGAAGCUGCUGGACCAAGUGGUGCCCCCUGCUGGUGAUGAUGAGGUAACCGUGGGGAAGUUCUAUGCCACCUUCCUGAUACAGGACUACUUUAGGAAAUUCAAGAAACGUAAAGAGGAAGGCCUGGUGGGUGCUCACCCCUCCCAGAACAACACGGCAAUCGCUUUGCAGGCUGGCCUCCGCACGCUGCAUGAUAUUGGGCCUGAAAUUCGCCGAGCGAUAUCAUGUGACCUGCAGGAUGACGAACUAGUAGACUUUAUUCCUGAGGAAGACGAGGAAAUUUAUAGGCGCAACGGCGGACUGUUCGGGAAUCACCUGAUGAACGGCGGCCACCGGCGGUCCAACGGCCACCAGACCAACGCCACCCAGCGCCCCCUGCAGGUGCAGCCCCCUCCCCACUACGCCCACAUGGAGCAGCCAGUGGGGCGGCUGUCACGCGCCAACGCCAUGUCCCACCCCAACCACCACCAUCACCACCACCACCACCACCACCACCGGCACCACAACUCCUACGGCAAGUCCCCCAAGUCCACCAACAUCAACCUCAACAACGCCAACGCAUCCAGUCUGCCCAACGGAGGACACCACCGCUACUACGAGCACGCCCCCCCCAACGGCUACCCGGGCCUGCGCGGCUCCUACUACGAGUACGACAAGCCGCGCACACCUCAGGGUCAAAGAAGGCGCUACUAUGAGACCUAUGUUAGGUCACGAGGAGGGGACGGGCGUCACCCCACCAUUCGCAGAGAGGAGGAGGUUGAUGAGGACCGCUUCUCUGGAGAGUAUUACAGUGGGGAGGAGUUUUACGAGGACGACAGCAUGCUGUCGGGGGACAGGUAUCAGAACAGUGACACAGAGUAUGAGACCCCUAAAGGUUACCAUCACCCUGACAGUUACUAUGACGAUGACGAGCAGCCUCUCUACGGCGACUCCAGGCGGUCACCAAAGAGACGACUGCUUCCUGCCACACCUCAAGGUCACAGGAGGCCAUCUUUCAACUUUGAGUGUCUGCGCAGACAAAGUAGCCAGGACGAGCUUCCACAUCAGCGCACUGCUCUCCCACUGCACCUUAUGCAGCAUCAGGUAAUGGCCGUAGCAGGCCUGGACUCCAGCAGAGCCCACCGCCUCUCUCCCACCCGCUCCACCCGCUCCUGGGCCACUCCCCCCGCCACCCCGGCCAGUAAAGACCAGUCGCCGUACUACACCCCGCUCAUACGCGUUGACCACCCGCACAGAGAGAGCGCCACUAGCAGCCAAGUGUCUGUGCGCAAGAGCUCCUGGUACACCGAUGACCCGGACUUCUCCCAAAGGACGUACUCGCCCAUCCACCUGCAGGUGCCCCCUGAGUACUACAGCCAGUAUCACCAGAAGAGAGGCAGCGCCACCAGCCUAGUGGAGGCGGUUUUGAUAUCAGAGGGACUUGGGAGAUACGCAAAAGAUCCCAAAUUUGUGGCGGCCACAAAACACGAGAUAGCGGACGCGUGCGAGAUGACGAUAGACGAGAUGGAGAGUGCAGCCAGCCACCUGCUGAACGGGGGAAUGGCCCCGGGCAUCAACGGCGUCAACGUCUUUCCCCUCCUGACUCCCAGGGACUAUGAACUGCAGGACACGGCAGCCAGCUACAGCGACGAGGAGCCAGAGGCGGAGCCCAGAGCUCGUUACGAGGAGGACCUGGCAGACGAGAUGAUCUGCAUCACGACUUUAUAGCAGCGGCUGGAGGAGUCUGCAAAUUAGAGCACUGUCAGACUACAAUCAGUGAAAUUAACAAAACAAAUGCAUCUGUUGGCUCUGACCAAAAGAAGUGCCUUUUAUAGUGAAGAGAAAAGGCAUAAAGAACACAGACACCGGCCCGUUUAUUUAAUUGUUCGCCACCUGCCAGUGGAGCGAGGACACCAGGACACUGGCUGGACUCACCUGUCCAAGGCUAUGGUUGGAGGUGACGUACGGGUUCAGUCCGCAGCCAAUCACAGACGAGGACAUUGCUGCCAGUGAAAGAUGGACCAAUUGGCAAAGGUGUGAGAAACCCAACAGGGCGUGUCUCCAAGGGUGAUGACAAUCAGAUGUACGAUGUCAUUACCUCAGUCACUUUAUUAAGGUUUGGCAUAUCAUGCAAGUUUUCAAUGCAAGCAUAGAAAGGCAUAUCUCCUUCCAUAGCUUUUAGAGCAACUCGACCCCUUCGUUGUUAGAGCAGAGUGUUUGUUGAUCGCUACAGCUGAGUCGAGAGGUGAGGAAGCACCAGUAGAGUUACCAGAUUAUGCAGGAACUAACUGUCCUACUUAGAGCAUCAUUCAACUUGAGAUAUGUACUUUUGAAGCAACAAAAGCAUUUGUGAUAAAUGCACUAGCAGGCAGGUUAUUUUAAAUUUUAGAAUAGCCUGGUUAAUAUUUCAUAGUUGAUAUGAUGUAAAUUGUAUUAUAUAACAAAAGAAACUUUGUAAAGAGAUAUUCUAUAUUUUGUAAUUAUGUAUCGUUUAAAAGAUCAGCAAUAUGGACUCUUGUGACUCCGGUUAUACUAUAAAAGCAGACCUGCAUUAUUUUAUUAGGUAAAAUAUAUUUGUUUGCCUUUUUUCCUUUGCUAAAAUGCAUCUGUUAUUUUGCCUUUAACAACGAUUUAAGAGGUUCUGCUUGUGUGACGACAUUACUGCACAGGAUAUGCAAAUGGAGUUGACUUCUUAGCGAAGGCGUACACGUGUUAGUUCAAACCAAACGCGGCUGCGCAGCCUCGGGGUGUGUUCAGGAAUGCGCCUUGAGGAUCCAGUGGUGAAGCUUUAUACUGAUGUUAUUUGUUUGCAUAUUUUGUGCAGGGCAUGCACAAGAAUUCUAAAUGCAUAAUGCAUUAAAAAUGCUGCUUCUUUAGUUGGUUUCAGAGUCAAACCUAGGUUUUGUCGUCCCCUACUGAAAUGCCUUUUUGCUGCUGGAAGGAUGAAAGCUGGCAGAUGGUAAUGACAGGGACAUGUUGAUACUUCUCAUAGCUGGGCUUUUGCAUGACGUGCAGUGCUCUUUGUUGGUCGGAAUGACUCCAGUAAACGUCGGUAACCCAACCUUCGCCAUAUCGCAGCCUCCAGCUUGUGCGAGUGCUCGGACCCUGCGGUGGUGUAGGUGAAAGGACAGAGGGCGUCCUGGGGUCCGGAUGCUGGAGAGAGGUUAAGCAAUACUAAACCUCCCCUUCCCCCUCUCUCUCAGCCUGGUUCCUGCAUACAGUAUAGUAUACCUCUAUAGGCAACAGUGACUACAUAUCAUUGUCUAAACGUAUCUGUCUGAUACAGUCCCACGGUGGAGUCUGAUAGAUAAGUAUGAUGGACCCUGGACCCUGAAUCAUCUUUACUAAUAACACCAGGAUGGAAAAGUGAGGCAGGAUGAUUGAAAAGGAGCAAGUUGGAACAUUGAAAAAUAUCAGAAUACAUAAAUAUUUGUUUUAUCAAUAAUCAUUUAUUGAUUGAGAGAAACUGUAAUGGGCUUUUUUAGGCAUUACCAUAGAGAGUCUGACUGAGAACCAAGGAUGGGAAGAGUACUUGUGAUGUGUUUUGAGCGUGUGAUUCGCUGGCGAGUGCGUACUGUACUCUAACUCAACCGAACACUGUCACGAAAAUGUAGGUUUUCCAUUUUGUGUGCACAUUGAAAGGGCUCUUUGACUUGUUUGUGAGUAAAAAAAAAAUGUGUUCUAGUCCUUUUGCUGACGACCGUCAUCUAAAAGGACCAAUGCACAUAACAGGCACAUUGUACUAUUCGUAGCAAUUACAGUACUGAUAAACUGAAGAUAUGCAUUAUUUUGUAAAAACUUUUAAAAGUUGUUUUCAACUAAAGAUAAAGAAAACUUACUUUUACCUCAUUCAGGAGGAUUCCUGAAAAAAAGAAAAAUAAUGAUUUGGUUGAGUCUAAACCAAUGGUAUUUAAAUAUUAGCACAUAGCUGUUUGUCUUUGCACAAGUAACUGUAUAGUGCUUCUGUUUCUCCUUUUUCUAAACAGAUUUGUGUAUUAAGGUGAGACAAUUUUGUACUUUUUGUGACUGUGUAUGGUUUAGUGGAAUCUAUUUGUCAUUAACACCUCACCUUACAAUGCUGGGAAUGAAAGCGUAUUAAAAAAUAUUUUUAAGGAGCACUGUUCCUCUGUUCGCAGGUAGGGAGAAAAAAACGAAACGCUAAAGUAUCAGUUUACAGAGAAACACGUUGUUUUGAACGUUUCUAUAAGUUUUCUUCACAUUGUUAUGAUUAUCAUUGCUAUUACAACUAUUAAUGUUUUGAAAGCUGUAUUAAAAUAGAAGAUAAUGUAAAAUAUGUACAAACGUAUGGAAAGACCCAUGGUAAUGUUCUCUACUUGAAAGUCUUGAUAUUUGCUCCUUAAUGGUUUUAUUCAGUAAACAUCAUUUCUCUUAGUAGCAAACGCUUUACUAUAAUCCUCUAGGUUUUGUAUCAAUACAUUUUUUGUAUUUCUCAUGUUAUUUUGGGCCUUGACUUUAUUUGAAUCAAUACUGAUAUAUUAUUUUCUAUUGAUCAUCAUUGAAUAAACUUAUGCUGAAUUAAA